CUCGAUCAUUUAUAUGGAUAUUACAUAAUUAAAAAAAUAAACUAAGUAUUUUGUUCCAAAACUAAUAGAUUUUUCUAUUGUAUCGUAUUGAUCAAAGUUCGUGAAACUUUCAUGAGUGGGAAUAAAGUAAAAUUGGAAAUAAGUCUAGUCAAAGUUUUGACAUUGAAAAAGACCAAUUGCUGUUUCUUGGCAAUAAUAAGACACCUGGAAAUAAAACAACAGUACCUGUUUGCUUACAUUUUUCAUCUACGCAAAAACACCAUAAUAUAUUUUUAUGGACAAAUGGUUUGGAGAGAAACGACUAUGGCUAUUUGGAAAUCGUUUUCCAUUGCUAUCUAGAAGAGCGAACGUCCAGAGCGGGAAAAUGGAGCGGUACGAGAAACUCAGUCGACUCGGCGAAGGCAGUUACGGAGUUGUAUAUAAAUGUCGCGAUCAUGAGACGGGUGGAUUAGUGGCUGUAAAACGUUUUGUAGAAAGCGAAGAGGACCCAGCUAUAAGAAAGAUUGCAUUACGAGAAAUUCGACUAUUGAAGAAUUUGAAGCACGAAAAUUUAGUAUCCCUUUUGGAAGUUUUUCGUCGAAAGCGCAGACUACAUUUGGUGUUCGAAUUUUGUGAGCAUACUGUUUUACAUGAAUUGGAGCGAAAUCCACAAGGCUGUCCUGAUGCAUUAACGAAGCAGAUAAUUUACCAAACCUUGAAUGGCGUUGCAUACUGUCACUCGCAAGGUUGUUUGCACCGUGAUAUCAAGCCUGAGAAUAUCCUUCUUACUGCACAAGGACAAGUUAAACUGUGUGAUUUUGGUUUUGCCCGAAUUAUGAGCCCAGGCGAGAACUACACAGAUUAUGUCGCAACGAGAUGGUAUAGAGCACCUGAGCUCUUAGUUGGGGACACUCAAUACUCCACACCUGUGGACGUCUGGGCAAUCGGGUGUGUUUUUGCUGAAAUGGUGCGUGGUACUGCACUUUGGCCUGGUCGGAGUGAUGUGGAUCAAUUGUAUCUAAUUCGUAGAACCAUUGGUGAUAUCUUGACCAGGCAUCAACUGAUUUUUAGUCAAAACGAAUACUUUGGAGGAAUCACACUUCCAGUUGCACCAGUCAUUGAUGGAUUGGAAUCAAAGUUCCCGAGCAGGGUUCUCAAACAACCUGAAAUUCUUGAUUUUGCAAGACGUUGCUUGGAUAAAGACCCGUCUAAACGAUACUCAUGUGAACGCCUCAUGAAACAUCCCCUUUUCGAGGAUUACCUAGCGAAGCAAAAAGAAAAUUCAAUUGAACAUAUCGAUUCACACAAGCUGAAUCGUUCGCGUGAAAAAGCAAAGUCAUUGAAUACGUCGCUACCAAUGAUCGUAAAUGCACAAGAAAUUAAUGCCAAUUUGAAACAGAUGCCGAAAAUUUAUUCCAAUUCGAACGAACACCACUUGCCUUCAAUUUAAAAGUCAGAACAUCGGAUUUUUAAUGCUUCUUUCUCUACGAAUAGUUAUUUGUUAAUACGCUUUUUUCGAUCUAUAGGAAUCGAUUUAUUUUUUAUUAUAUAGCGAUUUCAAAUAUUUGAUUCAUCUACUUCGACAUUCUUUCUGUAGACAAUUAUUUUACAUGUAAAUUUUUAUUUACGUUAUGCACACAUCUUUGUUUUGUUUUUCUUUUUUUGUAAAUUGCAACAUGUAAAAGAAACAAAAAGGUAUAAUAUGUAACUUUUUCUUUUAAAAAUUAAAGCGAAAAACUAUAUAUGUUAGACAUUAAUUAAUUACUAUAAUUGACCCAUACAUUGCAUUGGCCGGUGAUUUUAACGAGAUUCUGACGAUAAAUUGAGUCUGAUAGACCAUUGUAAGUAAAGCAUUUAUAGCCCACGUAUCGACUGCAUUCAAAACUAUGACAAGAAAAUCAGCUAAACGGAUAUAUAUUCAAAAUUGACUGUGUAUUUGAUCAAAUUUGGGAUGUUGCCAAAACUCAAUGGAAAAGAAUGUUGUGAUAGAAACUGCUAAUGAAAAUAACACACAUAUACAUAAAUAAAUUUCAAACAACAAAUUAUAGAGACAUGCGAGUCUGCGUAGAAGAGAUAUACUCGUUUAAUUUUUAUUUUUGUAGCAAACCCAAUGAAAAUGCUUGAAUUGGAGCGAUGUUGUCACCGGUUUUGAGAAAAAAACGGACAUGUUAAUCAGGCCAGAUUUAUAAAAAUAGAAUGAAAUUCCAGCCAGUGAAUCUUCAGCUUCUAAUUAAUUAAACUAACCAAUUCGAUAUUGAAGGUUUCAAGAUUCCAAAAGUUUUACAUUUUCCUUGACAUCAUUUUGAGCCUUUCAGCCAAUGAACAAAAAAAAAAUCUUAGGCAUAAAACGUGUCGAUCAAGAUGCAUUUUGAAUGUUGAAUCAACCAAAAUAUUAUAUUUAAAAAAAUUGAAAACAUAAGUAAGAUUUCGCUUGGUUUACGAAUGAAAUUUUUCGCAAUGCUUUACUAACCUUGCAUGCUGAAAAACAAGAUGGGCGAACGAUGACGAUCGUUGUUAUUUGCUCUUCGCAUUUUGCAAGAGAUUUUCUGUUGUUGUUUUUUUUUUCCUC